CUUUCCGUUCGCGUUGCUUCCGAACAAGUGUUGCUUUGCCAUGGAUGGGUCGCACCUGCGCGCGUUUCGCUCGUCUAGCAGCGCCCCCACCCGGUGCUGUCAAUUAUCCUCCGCAUUUCUUAUUGCGCAUUUCUGCUAGGCGCCAAUUUAACGCCUACGGCUUCCCGUCUCAACUGGAAGCGGGCAGUGAUGGCGCGUAGAAGGAUACAGAGACGUGAGCAGAUGGGUGAUGGGGAGCUGGAAAAAGAUUUAUUGGAAACAAGAGACCAGAAGAUCAGACUUUUUCUGCAGCAAUUUGAAAGUGAAGCCAAACAAAAAAAAUGUGAACAGGAGAAGUAUUUGGAAACUCUAGUGACCACAGCACAAAAAACAUUCAAAGUUGAGAUUCUGAAGAUGCCAUAUUCUCUUCAGAAAACACUUUUGAAAGAUGUGACAGGAAAAGCUAACCCAGAGGUUAUGGAUAUUUUUGAUGAAGAGUGUCCACAAAUGAAAACUGUAAAAGCAAAAAGGAAUAAAAAGGAUGCUGUUUCCCAGCAAACACCUUCAAGUCUUAAAAGAACAUUUUCUGUUCAGCACAAGCACACCGCAAGAUCGUUUGCUACGCCUUCUAGUAAAUCCAAAUCUCUGGCAGACUUAAAUUCCACUAAGAAAAAGGUACAGCAGUUACCCAGAUCUGCAACUUUAAAUAGAGACAAGGGGUAUAGCAGCUUACCUCUCUGUAUUAAUCAAGACAUUCCAUUUGCAAAUAUACCAACUUCUAAAGGACAGCCUCUAUGCUUAUUUGACAAGAAUGAUGUAAAUUUUGACCUGAUUGAUAAGAAGGCUUUACAGCACAUGCAGGAGUUAAUGAGUAUGAUGGGGCAUUUGUGCAGUCAGGCAAAAGUCAACCAGCUGUAACGACACUGUGUGUGUGUCUGGUAGUUUUGUGUGUUUAA